AUGAACGCUGAAAAAGUAGAAUUUUUCGAUUACGCAGACGACAAAUCAUUGGGCAGUAUUUCGCGAUCGGUUCGUGACAACGAUAAAGUGAAACUGCGUAAUAUAUUACUCGCUAAAAAGAGAAAGAAAAAAAGCGUACGUUUAUCGGUAGACAAUCGCGGUUGGACAGCGCUGCACAUAGCCGCAUCGCGGACCGAUCGUCUCGAAUGCUUGAAAUUAUUGCUGCGUUACAGCAAGUACUCGUACGCAGACCUCGACUUGAACAGCAAAUCGUACGAUGGCAAAACGGCGCUAUUUGUGGCCUGCGAAGAGGGCUGCCAACAGAACGUCGAGUUAAUGCUGAGAGCAGGCAGCGACGCGAACGCAACAACAUUGGAUGGCACUUCGCCUUUGCAUGUAGCCGCAGCCCACGGUUUCACCAGCAUAGUACGCCAUUUACUGCGAUACGCAGCUUCGGUCGAUCAUCAAGAUUGGCAAGGCUACACCGGUUUGCAUUUGGCAGCGCUGUACGAUCGGCCGCUCGUAUUCGAGGUAUUGUUGGAAAGUGGCGCUUCGAGUCGCCUCUCUGAUUCGGAAGGUAAUUUAACCUUGCAUUUGGCCUGCCAACGCGGUCAUUCGGCUAUCGUACGAUUACUGCUGCAAAAGAACGGCCACGACGUUAAUCGACAAAACCACGAUGGAAUCACGCCGCUCAUGCUAGCUGUACGAAAUGGCGGUAACGAGGAAUGCGUGUAUUAUCUUCUGGAACGCGACGCCGGCGAUAGCGCUACGAUGCAAAGUAAAGACGGAUUCACGGCGUUAGAGUACGCCGCAGCCGGCGGAAAUGUCACUAAUUUGCGUACGCUUCUAGAUCGUGUCAGAGAUAUCGACCUGCGCGAAAUCUACGUCCGAAGAAUCGAGUACGUUUUGAAAAAUCACGGUAUAUUCUAUCCGGUAGUUUGUUGCGCGCUCAAUUCAGGCUCUGUGGAGUGUCUGAGCGUUUUACUGGAGAAGGCGAGCGCGAUGAUUUUAGAAGCGCCUUAUGUCGAAAACAGCGACCAUUGUAUCGACGUAUUUUGCCCUCUGGCGUAUCUACUCAGCGUUCGUGACGAUUUGGCCGACCAAACGUUUGACCAGUUCUUACGCCUCCUGUUACUAAGACGCAGCCGCAUCGUCUACAGUAACAAUGAGUCGUUGGUCGACCGACUAAACAUCGAAUGGCCGCCACAGUCUCCGGUCAAUUUUACCAAUCCUUUGGCCGUCGUUUUCAACUCGCAGUGGUCCGAUCGCGAUAAAUCCACGUACUCGGCCGUUCUAGACGAAUACGACGUGACUUUCGACUACUGCUUACAGCUCUAUAAUAACGAUAACUCGUCAAACUUUGAAGAUUUUACUCUUGUGACCGGUUACGAAACGUUUUACAAACCGAUAUUGGACGCUGUUCGCGAUGCUCGAGUCGAAAUCGUAGCUUCGUUGCUAUCGCGUUCGCACAUAUUGGAACCGGAUCAGUUAUGCCAAUACUUGGUUACCACCGUACUGCAGUCUUCGUCACAAGAGCAAGAAUUUGAAAAAUUUCGCUCCACGUAUUACUACCUAGUCGAUCUGAAACCUUCGUAUUACAAUUAUCAUAGAUAUUCUUCGUUGUCGCUUAUCGAUUCGUUGCUUUCGAGAGACGAAGAAUUCACUCGAUCUAAUUUGCAACAGCUUUGUCGAAACGUUGUACGGUUUCAGCUUCGAGGCGACACUCUAAACGAUAAUCUACGUAACUUCCACGCCAAAGUAAUGGCUUUACCUUUACCAACGCAUCUUAAAGAGUACCUGUUGUUUAGAAAUUAAGUCGAUCCGAAUAAUAAGUGUAACGUGUGCGAUAAUUCAAAGCGAUUCGUUGAAAUCAUCGCAUUCUUUUUAUACUCGUGAGUAUGUGUUUUGUGAUUUUUCGUUGAUAGUGAGUAAUAAUGUAAUGUUGUUAAUUGUUAUACCCGUACAAAUACUUAUGUUUUUACCAAAUAAAUUGCAUACAAUUUUUA